AUGGCGAAAUUACUAUUAGAGUGUCGAGCUGAUGUAGUGGGAGACCCCGCAAUAGAGCAGUCGUGCCCAUUGCACUUGCUUGUACGUAAAGCUAAGGAUGCUAAGAAGGGCGGUCACAAUGACGGUUACUUGACAACCUCGAAAGUGAUAGUGGGGUAUCUCGCCAACCAGUGCGCUGUGGACCACCGCGUUCCUAUAUCGCCACUGGAGGGUCCUGGCGUUGAGCAUCAGAAGCUAGUAGAAGUGGUUACCAAGGCUCUCAGUUCAGCAUGCUACUGGGAGGAUGAGACUCUGAUUCAAUGCAUCAUUGAAGGCUUCAUGGCUAACGAAGCGUCCAGAAUGUGGUUGAGAGCAGCUAUAAGGGAGGCUCAUUCACGUUCUAGAAGCGAGAUCUUGAAUGCUAGCAAUGGGUAUAGUAGUGGUCUGCAAAGCCGGAGGAUUCUCCUUAUGGAGAGCUCAGCUUGCCCUCUUUUCCUGGCAGUCACGGCUUCGGGCCCAUCAGAUCGGACCGAGAGAAUUAUAGCUUUACUGUUGAAAGUAUGCGACCCUAAUGUGGUAUUGCCUUCUGGCAAGAGCCCUCUGUAUUUGGCUUGUGAGAUAGGAGCGUCUGAUAGCAUCAUAAGGAUGUUAUUGUCGGGCGGAGCGAAGGUCGAUAUGUGCACUUGUUCGGGUCGCAACGCUCUCUUCGCUGCCGUUGAGAAGGGUUACUUUGCAGCUGUUGAGACGCUGUGCAGUACUGGAAGGUGUGUCAAUUUGAGGCAUAUCACUCAGAGGACUAAUGGAGGGGUGUCGCCAUUCAUGUUGGCUGAAAACAAAGGAAGACUACAGAUGAUGCUGGCUAUGCUGGAAGCCUACACCAGAGAAGCUCGGAUUUCCAUCGACAUGUUUGGGGCGGACAGUGCUGGUUCGAUGAGCAAAUUAGCCGCUACUGUAACCCAUCCUUAUCUCAAUAAGAUGUGCCAUAAAUAUCGCGCGAAGCUAGCAGCACGGGUCGGCAGCACCGACCAUCAAGCUAAGCCGAUUGACACCGACGAAGUUUUCACCGUUAAAGAGCCCAUUGACGCAUAG